CCCCCUGCUUCCGCUAUGGCCAUGUAUUUCUACGCCUCGAGGCUCCAAGUGCCCUUCCUCAAGGGGCUCCCGCAGACGCCGAAGAGUGGAGCCAAGGCGUGUCCCUUCAACGGGGUAGACCACGGGGCCGACCCUCCGGAGUGGGCCGUCUCCCCAGAUGAUGACAACUCCCUGGUGUAUGAGGACGGCGUGCUGGUGUCGGGGUCGCUGCAGGCGCUGGUCCAACACGCUGUGCCGACCGCCGUCUACUACCCCGACACAGCCUACCUCUUCGCCUUCCUGCUGUCAUCGCGGCUCUUCGUCAAGCCCCACGAGUUAUUGCAGCGGGUUUGCGAGGUUGGCUUCACGCAGCAGGGCCUCAAGGACAACGACCUCUCCACCAUUAACAAGGACAAGCUGGGUCGGUUCGUGGCCCACAUGGUUCAGCUGCUCGGCGAGUGGAGUGAGACCUUCCCCUAUGACUUCCGGGACGAGCGCAUGAUGGGAAGCGUUCGCACAAUGACGCACCGCUGCAUCGCGCUCCAACCCGCGCUGCGCCGCGACGUGACACAGGUUCUGCACAAUCUACUCAACAAACUGACCCAGCUGGAACGUUACGAGGAAGGGCUCGCUAAGGCCCCCGCCCCUGCGCCCGUGGACUUCAUCUCUCAGCCGGUGGACAUCACGGAGGUGUGCAUAAGUCCCCUGGUCAUGGCGCAACAGCUGACCCACGUGGAGCUGGAGAAGCUAUCGUACAUCGGGCCGGAGGAAUUCGUGCAAGCCUUCGCCAAGGAUAACCUGGACGCUUGCUAUAAGGACCUCAAGAAGACUAGCAACCUCGAGUGUUACAUUCAGUGGUUCAAUAGACUCUCCUACCUGGUGGCUACUCACGCUUGUAUGGUGAGUACCGGAGGAGAGCCUUGUAUUCUUAGACACCUUCGCUUCACACAUCAGCUAUUUCAAAAGGUCAAAGAGGGGGUCAGUCGGGUUCUAAUGAGUGUUUCUUCAGGUUCAUGCUACAGAAGAAGGGUCACACUACCACCAGGGUCAUAAAACUACUCCUAUAAA